AAUCUGACUCAUGUAACUCCACUCAUCUGAGUGAGGUCGCACUGUAAAGCUCCUCAUAACAACUAGAUGGCGGUGUCGUACAACUGUGAACCCUCUAUUCCUGAACCAGCAGCGCAUAUCCACGCACUGUAUCCACACUGCACCUGUUUGCAUAUACACAGCGCAGGUGGAUCUCACUACUGUUAUGCAUACUAAGCUCAGUGUUGUGUAAAUUCAGGAAGUGAUGUUUAUGUACACCGUAUGUGCUUUUUCUCCCAUGGUAACCGCCAUUUUUUUUUUUUUUUUAAAUAAAAGGCAUCAACAAUCUGCAUUUUAAACUUUGCUGCUUAUGUCGCUGGAAUGUGUCCGAUUAACCAAUGGAAAAGUACCAUACAGAGUCCAGUGCCUCCUCCCUCGUCCAAAUCACCGUCUCUUCCCCUCCCCACGCUGUAUUUGCUAUGUUUGGGUCUGUCCCGUGUCCCCUCCGCUCACCCACAGCCGUGUCGUCCCUGAGAGAAGCACUGAACCCUCUCAGUCUCUCAGUUCCGCCGGUCCCAGGCUGGAGCCUCCAGUUGCGCACAGCACAGUUUCCAACACCGCACAUUUCACCAAGCGCGCUCUGGAUUUUUCCAAACCUCAGGACGGCUGCUUGGGAAGACAGCUCCAACUUUACGACUCAAUAUGUUUCAUAUCCGGAUGACAGAGGGUCGGUGACAGGAGGACUCGGGGGAGUUGAGGUUCAGCAGGAACAAGGACGAGUCUUGGCUCCCCCCCCACCCAACCCCUCCACCCCCCAGCAGUUUUGCGCAAGGUGAUACAGCAGAGGCUCAUUGACCGGACGACUGCAUUAGAUGGAUUUCUUCCCUAGCUCUCAUUUGUGGUGUUACCUAUUACUCUUUGAGCUCUAGUAAGUUGCUCUCUCCCCCUUCACAUCUCUCCCAAAACUUGAGUCGGUGGAUCAUUUUGAGAGCGACAGGAUGGGAUCGCAGACCGGAGCAGCGCUGCACAAACACACGCUUCUGUGGUUCAUUGUAGCGUCUCAGUGUGUGUCGGCGCUGGGAUGCGGACCCCACUACGAAUACGCAAUCGAGGAGUUCUGCCUGGCCAAAUUCAAACUGGACAUGCAAGAGCUCGAUCAGAGACACUGGUGUAGCUGGGAGGACACAGUCGAGAUCUACGGUGACCUGACAAACUGCACUUACCUGGUGGCGCUGAAGAUGGAGUGCUUCUGGCCGAAUCGGCUGGUGGACGAGUUCUUCAUCAGAGUCCACAAGCAGUACUUCCGCGACUGCUCGCUCUCUGGACGUCUUCUCAGGGAUCCACCCAACCGCAUCCUGGGUCCCUUCAUCGUGGUGCCCAUCCUGGUCACCCUUCUCAUGACAGCCCUGGUGGUGUGGAGGAGCAAACGCAGCGAGGGAAUCAUGUAGUGAAGGGAAGCAGGGGGGGCUCAGGGUCACAAGACUCAAAGCAAGAGCUACUUUUUUUUUAACCAUUCUCACCUUCAGUGACCAAAGGAUCUCUUUUCCUGAGUGUUACUGUUUAGGGAGAGUUUCAAUCGGAACAGAAUCUCUAUAUUAUGGACCUGGAGAUAAAUUUAAUUCUAAUUCAGUGCUUCAUCGCAUCUACACCAAUAUGAAGCCUUUGCAGGUCUAACAUGGAUCGAAAUCAUUUCUUUUUCAUAGAGCAAAGACAUGCUGAACUGCUCACCUGAAUCUAAUCCUGACCAGAGUAGUGACCUGUGGAAAGAGAUUGUAAAUAUAGAGAAACGGCUUCGAAUAAUUUUGGAUGUGACGAUAACACUACUACACAUACAAGAAUUUAACACCUAUUUUUGGAGACCAUUAAACCAUCACCUACUACAGCAGCUUAAACUCCACAGGAACAAAAUGCAGAACCAAUACAAAUGGACAGUUACUCUGACCUCUUUUAAGGAAUCCAGGGAUAUCAGAUUAUGUAUAUAAAUAUAAUGUAAAUAUACACAGUAUGUACGAUUUGAGAUUACUCUGCUAGUAGAUUGUCAGAAUGUCUUUGUAACACAAUCAAGACAAAUCAUAGUACACUAAGUUAAUUUCUCUCAGAUUCAAAUGAAGCGACGCCUGAUUUUAACAGAUGUAUGCUACAUUUGAAUUAUAUUCUUUGAAUCAUCAGGUCCACUGUCAAGCUAUAGUAGGAGUAAAAUUAGUUCUCAUUUCCCCUGCUCAUACCAGACACCCUGGCCUCAUCUCUUGGCAGUACCUGCAGUUCAAUCUCUCUCCUGAAUGAAAAAACAAAGAUUCAGUACGUUUCCAUGCCACACUGCACCAGCCAAAAUAAAACGCAGGAGAUAACAAUGUUAAAAAUACUGCAGACUGGCAGAUGUGCUGUACAGGUGACGGACAAAUGGAGACGAUCACCGCACAGGGGUCAAGACUCUUAUUUGGACGGGCUGUGAUGACGUUGUGUUCUGCAGCUAUCGCCUCCAUCACCAAGGAAACUAAAAUGAAGACAUGUGACUGUAGAAGUUGACUGAAGUUGAGAAGGAAGGCUUUGAAAGCUAUAGCUAAACAUUUGGAAACUGUUAAUUAACCAAAAAUUCUUACCUUCUUUCUAAUUGUUCACCCUCAAACUCCUCUGUUAUCCAUGUUGUAGAAAGACACUACACCAACAAUUACCAUAUUGAUUUGCAUCCAGUUGAGCCGGGUAUGAUACAUGUUGAAAGAAUGAAAAAGAGAACAAAGUGUAAGAAACUCACAGUGGAAAAACCACAAUUCAAACGAGAGAGAAGAACAUAAAGCGCUGGCUUAAGUCAGCCAACGCACAUUGCUGCUGAAUGUUGCCAUAGCCUAAAGCACAGUUUGUGUAUCAUAGACCUUAGGUUUCUAUCGAUUUAUGAUCUCCCCGUGUGGUGAAGUGUGUCGUGUGAACUGUUUCCUCAUUGAUAUUUUUGAGUGCUCUCUUUCCUUUAUAGAUUCAUUGACCUUUAACCUGCCUGUCAGCAAAACACACUUUAAAACACACCCACACUUCCCCAACAUGAUCCUACUUUGUACUUUGUGCCAAAAGCGCUUGGAAAAGAGAACAUUUGCAACAUUUGCUAUGAAAUGUCUAAUUGUUUUUUUGUUUUGUUUUUUGGUGCCGUGACUUCUGAUGAUUGAAUUUUAAAAUCUAUGAUCAUGAAGAAAAGUUCAAUAAAAUGUCUGAUUAAUGUGUCUGA